CGUCUCCGCCUGUCGUCCAAGAAUGGCCGCUGCUGCAGCAGGAAUAAACAAGCAGGGCGCUGUAGCGACGAUGGAGCCCUGCAUCCGACACGGGAGGGGGGCCAGUGGAAACAGCGUCAAGGUGCUGGAGUGUGGUGUUUGUGAGGAUGUCUUCUCCCUCCAAGGAGAUAAGGUCCCCCGUCUUUUGCUGUGCGGUCACACAGUGUGCCAUGAUUGUCUAACCCGGUUGCCCCUCCACGGAAGAGCGGUCCGCUGCCCCUUCGACAGACAGGUCACUGAGCUGGGGGACUCUGGAGUUUGGGGUCUGAAGAAGAACUUUGCCCUGCUUGAGCUCUUGGAGCGACUCCAGAACGGAGCCUCCAACCAGUCGGGGAUGGCGGAGGACGCUCUGAAGGGCAUGGGAGAAUGUAUAAUCCGCUGUGACGAGGACGAGAGCCACACGGCCUCCAUGUACUGCACCGUGUGCGCCACCCACCUGUGUGCCGAAUGCUCCCAGCUCACCCACUCCACCCGCACUCUGGCCAAACACCGCCGCGUCCCGCUGGCCGACAAGCCUCACGAGAAGACCCUGUGCCCGCAGCACCAGGUCCACGCCAUCGAGUUCGUGUGCCUGGAGGAGCCGUGUCAGUCCGGGCCCCUGAUGUGCUGCGUGUGUAAGGAGUACGGCAAGCACCAGGGACAUAAGCACGCCGUUCUGGAGACUGAAGCCAAUCAGAUCCGUGCGUCCAUUUUGGACAUGGCCCACUGCAUCCGCACCUUCACAGAUGAAGUGUCCGAGUACUCCAGGAAGCUGGUGGGCAUCGUGCAGCAAAUAGAGGGAGGGGAGCAGAUCGUGAAGGACGGAGUCGGCAUGGCACACACUGAACAUGUCCCUGGCACGGCAGAGAGCGCCCGCUCAUGUGUGCGGGCUUACUUCGCGGACCUCCACGAGACGCUGUGUCGGCAGGAGGAGAUGGCGCUGAGCGUGGUGGACGCUCACGUCAGGGAGAGGCUGAUCUGGCUGAGGCAGCAGCAGGAGGACAUGACCAUCCUGCUGUCCCAGGUGUCCACGGCCUGCCUGCACUGUGAGAAGACUCUUCAGCAGGACGACUGCAGAGUUGUGCUGGCCAAGCAGGAGAUCAACUGUCUGCUGGAGACGCUUCAGAAGCAGCAGCAUCAGUUCACAGAGCUGGCAGAUCACAUUCAGCUGGACGCCGGCAUCCCCGUCACCUUCACCAAGGACAACCGGGUCCACAUUGGUCCAAAGAUGGAGAUCCGUGUUGUCACUCUGGGGCUGGAUGGAGCCGGAAAGACCACCAUCCUCUUCAAGCUGAAGCAGGAUGAGUUCAUGCAGCCAAUCCCAACCAUCGGUUUCAAUGUGGAGACGGUCGAAUACAAGAAUCUGAAAUUCACCAUCUGGGACGUGGGAGGAAAACACAAGCUGAGGCCUCUGUGGAAACACUACUACCUGAACACUCAAGCGGUGGUGUUUGUGGUUGACAGCUGCCACAGGGACCGACUGAUGGAGGCUCACAGCGAGCUGGCCAAACUGCUGACGGAGAAAGAGCUGAGGGACGCCUUGUUGCUCAUCUUUGCCAACAAACAGGACGUUCCCGGGGUCGUGUCUGUGGAGGAGAUGACGGAGCUGCUGAGCCUACACAAGCUGUGCUGCGGGAGGAGCUGGCACAUUCAGGGCUGCGACGCCCGCAGUGGGAUGGGCCUCCACGAGGGGCUGGAUUGGCUCUCCAGACAGCUGGUGGCUGCUGGCGUCCUGGACGUCGCCUAGAUGUCAGCUUCGCUCUACGUCUCUACUGACUCUGCCCCCCUCCCCUCCUAACAACUGAACCUAAACAUGAAAUACAAAAGGCUCUCAGCCCGCCCUCCUCAUCUUUCCUCCUUUGUGCACCACUAUGCGCAAAGAACACAAAGAUGUAAAUACUCUCUCUCUCUCUCUCUCUCUCUCUUGCUUCACUGAUUCAGUAGAUGGAACAGACAAAGCCGUCUUGCAGUAGGAGCCAACCUCUGGCUCUAAAAAGCUGAGAGAAAUGGGAACUUUGGUAUCUUUAAACUUUGGCCCUAUUUUUUUUUUUAUAUUUCAGGGUCUAAAUGACCAAAAGUUACCAAAAAAUAUGGAAUUAAUCCAGUUUAUUGCUUCAGCCGGCAGCUUAAAACUGUUGCAACCUAUUCAAAUAUGCCAGAACAAAAUCAAAUCUCCUUAAAGUUCUUGUUUUUCUCGAUCAGUCACUUGAUCAUUUGUAUUAAGGUUUUUAUCAGAUCAAAUCAAAUAUCCAUGUAAUGCACAAUAACACUAAACUAACCAAUACUAUUUUAUCGGGAUCCUUUCUGUAAUAAUGACGGACAGUUCAAAUAAUCUGAGAGUGACUUUUGCUUAAAAAAAAAAAAAAAAAAGGAACUUUUAAGGAACCGUGGACAAAAGUGGUACCUCUGCAGAUUUUGACCUGUUCAUGUGACGGUAGUGUUUUCUGGUGAAGAAUUAUAGCCUUGCUUGUUUUUAGCAGUCAAACGUUUCAUUUACCUUAAUUUAAAACGUUAAAAAAAAAGGUUAAUUCAGCAUUCUUAUCAGGUACCUCACCACAGCAGCCUGUAGCUGCCAGGCGGAGAAAUCCACCGGCUCAAUUCUAAAACCUUUUCUACUUUAAAGUCAGUUUGACCCUGAAAUACUUUUAAAAAUAGGAUUGUGGUUUACAAACUGCGCUCUUAGACUACCAAACUGCUUCAUUUUGAGCCAGCUUAAACGUUGCUUUCUUUCCUGUCUCUCUCUCUCUCCUCGUUACUCCCAGCGUGUUCGUCCGACAUCUUAAGCUAGGUAACUAAAGCUCGGUAGAUGUUUAUAACGCUCAUCGUGCCCCGACAGUGUGGACUCGAGUAAUUCCUCUCAUAUUGUCAUUUAUAAUAACCUCCUCUGUGCGUGACAGUAAACUUAAAACAUCCAGUAGUUUUUAAUGGUAACCAUGGCAACAUGCCCAUGACAAUUUUACGCUUAAUUCCGUAUAUAUCUGCAGGUAAGUGAGACGGGACUUGAGAAGGUUCUCUCUCUGUGUGUGUUAAAGAGUUUCUGUGGCUUCAAACUGAUGCUCAAACGUUCAGACUUUGCCUUCACAUCUAUUGUAAUCAAUAGCAGCGUCUUUUAUUUACGCGUUUGUUUGUUUUUUUUCUCCCCCCGUGUGCUAUAUGAACCUAUUUAAAGCCGCAGCUGGUCUUGAAAUGGCGCACGACAUGUGUAGUUUUUUGGGGGUUUUUGUUUGAAAUGUAGUGUUGUUUUCUGUUACAGACGUGUUUACUGAACUUAUUUAUGAGCGUGAACUUUGAUACGAGUCGGGGGGGAAAGGAAUCUGUUCACGCAUGGAUUUCUGCCUCUUGCUUUGUGGAGUUUGCCGCACGCAGAUUUGUGUGGCAUGCGCUCGUUUGCUGCCUCUCUCUCUCUCUACCGGUUUUGAUUUAAGACGCAAAUGAAUGCUGCAAAAACUAAAUGUCUUGUGAAAACUAUUUAAAACACCUACCAGGUCCUGUUUGUCGGUGUGUGCGUAUGAAAACGUGCACCUUUUUUGGUCUCCAGCCUUCAGCUCUAAUGUGAAACGUAGUGAAAUAUGGAUCCUAACACUGACACACUCGUCUUGUGAUUCUUAAGAAAACCGUCGUUUUGACUUUGAUUUUGUCUUUAUUCAUUGCUAUGUAAUGUUAACUAUUUGUAUGUAUAAAACUGAAAAACAUGCACGUGUGAAAAGCCUUUCCACAUAGUUUGUGAAACCUUUCCGUUUGUUUUUUGUUUGUUUCUGAAACGUAGAAGCACAAUGCGCAUCGGAACCUUUGUUACGAGUCGACUUGAUGAUGGCUUUUUGUAAAUUAUUCAUAAUGUGAUGCUGUAAAAUAAACUAAUUGAACUUAA